AACACUCUUCGAAAAUGAAGAACGCCGAGGGUGAGAACGUCGACCUUUACAUCCCCCGCAAGUGCAGCUGGACGAACCGCCUCAUCGAGGCGAAGGAUCACGCGUCCGUGCAGAUUAACGUCGGUCACCUCGACCAGACCGGCGUGUUCAAUGGCCAGUACACGACCAUCGCGCUGUCGGGCUACGUGAGGAACAUGGGUGACGGCGACAGCGCCACUGACCUUCUCUGGCAGAAGACCAAGGCGAAGAUUGGCCAGGCGUGA